AAAAAAAAAAGAAAAAAAAAAGAAAAAAGAAACGGAGAAAGGAAAGGAUGGGGGAAGAAGAUUCCUGGGUUCGCGAUGAACCCAAGACCUAAUUGGGAUUGCUUAGCUUAAAAAGGGAGUGAAAAUGAUGAUCAGGCUUUUCCGAUCCAAAUCUUGCGGGUAGGUCGGACUUACAGAUGGGCCGUUCUUUCACCGGAGAUAUAGCAGCAACGUGGAAGACAAUGGAGGGGAAGAAGAAGAAUUUAACGAGGAAGAUGACGACGAUGAUAUUGAGGGAAGUGAAAUUACGAAAAAAUAGAUUCCGACGCCGUUUAUAAGCCCCGAGUCGAGCUUUGGGGGUGAGGGGCGAAAUGGUAAUUCCACGUCGAAGUCUAAUCAUUUUACAAUUCUGGAUAUUUUGGUGGGGGCAUUGCGGAAGUCGCUGGUCAUGUGCGGCGUCGAGAGUGGCGAUGUGGCGUCGAGAGUGGCGAUGUGGCGUCGAGAGUGGCGAUGUGUCGCCGAUGGACAUCAGCUGGCCGACGGAAGUCAGGCACGUCUCCCACGUCACCUUCGACCAGUUUAAUGGGUUCCUCAGUUUACCCACCGAGUUCGAGUUGGAGGUUCCCCGGAAGGCACCCAGCGCCAGGUCUUCUUCUUCAAUUUCUUUUGGGGUUUAUUUCAAUUUAACAUUUUGUUUGCUAAUUAAUGUGAUUACUGCUU